UUCCUUCUCCGCAGGACCAUGGUGAAUGCAGCCUUUACUGAAAUCAAAGCAGCAGCCUUCGCUCACAUCCCCCUCCUGCAGUUCCUCUUACUGAACUCCAACAAGUUUACACUGAUCGGGGACGAUGCCUUCACCGGCCUCUCCCACCUGCAGUACCUGUUCAUUGAGAACAAUGACAUCCGCUCUCUGUCAAAAUUCACCUUCCGAGGACUGAAGUCCCUGACACACUUAUCCUUGGCCAACAACAACCUGCAGACACUGCCCAGAGAUAUCUUCACACCCCUGGACAUCCUCAGUGACCUGGAUCUCCGGGGCAACGCUUUCAUCUGUGACUGCAAAAUCAAGUGGCUGGUGGAAUGGAUGGAGAGGACCAAUGCCACAGUGCCUGCCAUCUUCUGCAGCAGCCCCAUCCGCUACCAGGGGCAGAAGAUCUGGGACCCGGCCCUGAAGGACUUCAGCUGCAUCACGACAGACUUUGUGGUGCACCAGGUCCUGCCAUUCCAGUCGGUGUCAGCUGAGCCUUUUGUCUACAGCAGCGACCUCUACGUAGCACUGGCACAGCCCAGUGCCAGCAUCUGCACCAUCUUCAAGUGGGACUAUGUGGAGCGCAAGCUACGGGACUUUGACCGCAUCCCUGCUCAUUCGGCCGUGUAUUGCAAGCCCAUCGUGGCCCAGUCGCAGCUCUACGUGGUGGUGGCACAGCUCUUCGGCGGCUCCUACAUCUACCGCUGGGACACCAACGUGGACAAGUUCAUCAAGAUCCAGGACAUGGACAGCAGGAAGAUCCGCAAGCCCAAUGACAUUGAGGCCUUCCAGAUUGACGGUGACUGGUACUUCGUCAUCGCCGACAGCUCCAAGGCCGGCUCCACCAGCCUCUACCGCUGGAACCAGAAUGGCUUCUACUCCCACCAGGCCCUGCACCCCUGGCACCGCGACACCGACGUGGAAUACGUGGAGAACGAAGGCAAGCCCCGGCUCAUCAUCUCCAGCAGCUCCCAGGCCCCUGUCAUCUACCAGUGGAGCCGUGCCCAGAAGCAGUUUAUGCAGCAGGGGGAGGUGGCCGAGGUGAUGGACGUGCAGAUGGUCAAGCACUUCAAGUUCAAGAAAGACAAUUACCUGUGCCUCAGCCGCUACAUCGGGGACUCCAAGGUGGUCAAGUGGGAGGGGCAGCGCUUCACCGAGCUGCAGACCCUGCCCUCGCGGGGCUCCAUGGUCAUGCAGCCCUUCCUGGUGUCCCAGCGCCAGUACAUGGCACUUGGCAGCGACUUCUCCUUCACCCAUCUUUACCUCUGGGAUGAGGAGAAGCAGAAGUUUCUCAAGUUCCAGGAACUCUCCGUCCAAGCGCCCCGGGCUUUCCACUACGUCCCCUUGGAGGACAUGGACCUUCUGCUGGCACCCAGCUUCAAGAGCAGCACACUGGUCUACAAGCACGUUGUGGUGGACCUCAGCUUGUAGGGGGGGUCCCUGCCACCUGCCCAGCUCCCUGCCUCACUCCUAGACACUGUGCAGAGAAAACGUUCUUCCACUUGCAACACCCCUGGAGCCGGGGACUCCAGCGCACUGCCUCGCCUCAGGCUAAGGCUUCCUGUCUGUGCCCAUGCACUGCCCCACUGCCAUAUCCAUGGACAAGUCCAGAACACACACAUACUCACACAGGCCCGUGAGUCCAUGCAUACCCAGCACACGUUCCAUCCAUGCACUCGAAUUCAGGAGUGUAUGCUCACCACAGCCAUCCCUCCAUAGAUAAACUCAUACGCAUACGCACAUGCCCUCCAGCAUCUCAUACACAUUACAUUCCUGCCCAUAGGCCUCCAGUGCGCGUACACUCCAACACCCCCAUGGACACCCCUUCGCCGUCUCCUAGCCAUACCAUAUGCAUCUACACUCACUCUUUACAUGUCCAUGCAAUCCCUGUGCACCCCAUAAACAAACACACAUUCCCGCACCCCUUAACCUCACAUUCAUCUCCCCGCAUAGAGCCUUAUAUUCAUGCCCAUAUACUGCUGUGCAUGGACAGCCACGUCCAUGUACACCCUCAGAUCCAUGCCUGUUCACAUCCACUCUGACUACUGCACCUUCCAUGCACACACAGCUACUCCCGUGUGCACAUUCUUAUCGGCGAACCCAGAUAUGGUGCACUGGCGGUGCACCACGCCAUGCUGCGUCUCCUAUCCACCGACACACAUGCAUACAUCCCUGUAUCUGUCACCCUGAACCCUCCCUGCAGUCCCCUCUGCACACAUGCUCCUGUCCCCAUACAGAGCGCCGGGUAGCAGGCCUGGAAGAAGAAAGUCCCUUGUCGUCACUUCUCCCGAACUCUUCCUGAAGCUUCUGCCGCACUUUCUGUAGCCAUCACCCAUAUUCAGA